GUAAAAUGAUCAACUACAAUAACAAUAAUCGAAUAAAAACAAAUCGACCACCAAAUAGCCGCUGGAAACAGCAACGAUUACCAGCAUGGCAACCAAUAUUAAAACCAACAUCAGUUUUAAUAUCAUUCAUUUUGUUUGGUCUUUUUUGUAUUGUUAUCGGUGUUGUAAUGUUUAUUUCAAAUCAAAAGAUACAGGAAAUUAUUAUCGAUUAUACGGAUUGUCAUCGUAUAAAUCCAAUUACAAAUAUAAAUCAAUGUGAAUAUUGUCGUGAUCGUUGGAAAUUUAAAUGGGAAAAUUGUGAAUGUUUAUUAAAUUUUACCAUAACCGAAUCGAUUGAUGGACCAUUAUUUUUAUAUUAUUCAUUGAAUGGUUUUUAUCAAAAUCAUCGUCGUUAUGUUGCAUCAAUUGAUCGACGACAAUUAAUGGGUGAAAAACGUUCAUUAGAACAAAUUCGAUCAGAUUGUUAUCCAUAUUCGGAUAUUGAUGGUAAAAUAAUAGCUCCCUGUGGUGCUAUUGCUAAUUCAAUGUUUUCCGAUACAUUUCAAUUACGUCGUAUUGUUCAAAACAAUCAUAAUGAUCAACCAGAAAAGAUACAUAUAUGGGAAAAAGAUAUUAGUUGGCCAACUGAUCGUCAAAAUCUUUAUCAAAAUCCAUCCGAUGAUAAUUUUCAAUCAUAUGCAAAACCAAUAAAUUGGUCUCAAAAUCUUUAUGAUGAUACUAUAUUGAAUAAACAAAAUGAGGCCGGUUUUGGUUAUAUUAAUGAACAUUUUAUGGUUUGGAUGCGUCCAGCUGCAUUUCCAAUAUUUCGUAAAUUAUGGGGACGUAUUGAUUGUCGAUCAUUGAAUAAUAAUAAUAAUAUUGAUCAACUUCCAAAAGGAUCAUAUCAAUUAUUAAUUAAUUAUGAUUAUCAAACUGUAACCGAUCAUUUACGUAUAUCGAAAAAAGUUAUCAUAUCAAAUAUGUCAUGGAUGGGUGGAAAAAAUUCAUUUCUAUCAAUACUUUAUAUGGUUGUUGGCAUAAUUCUUAUACUUAUUGCCAUAAUAUUUAUAAUUAUUUUUCCGAAAAUAAAAUCCAAUGAUAAUAUUGAUAUUUGUCAACAACAUAAUCAUCAAAAUUUACCCACCAAUUCUGAACAAAAUCAACAACAAGAACCAGAAAUCAAAAAUCAUUUUCAAUAUUAUCAUUCAACAAGCCAAUCAUGAUUUUAACAAUUCGCAACAAUUUUUUUUAUAAUUAUUAUUUUUUAAUUUUCGGUUUUUUACAAGAUUUUUAUAAAGAUU